GACUCGGGAAUAAGGGAAGUCUCUGAUGGAUCCCGUGGUGUUCUUGGUGGUCUGUCUCUCCUGCUUGCUUCUCCUUUCCAUUUGGAAGCAGAACCAUGGGCGAGGGAAGCUCCCUCCUGGCCCCACUCCUCUUCCAAUUCUUGGAAACCUCAUGCAGGUGGAUUUGAAGGACUUAAGCACAUCCUUAACCAAUCUUGCAAAGGUCUAUGGUCCUGUGUUCACUGUGUAUUUGGGCAUGAAACCCACUGUGGUCGUGCAUGGCUAUGAAGCAGUGAAGGAAGCUUUGAUUGAUCUUGGACAAGAGCUUUCUGGAAGAAGCCGUUUCCUAGUUACAGCAAAAAUUAAUAAAGGAUUUGGAGUCAUUUUCAGCAAUGGAAAGAGAUGGGUAGAGACCCGGCGUUUCUCACUCAUGACCCUGCGCAAUUUCGGGAUGGGGAAGAGGAGCAUAGAGGAGCGAGUUCAAGAGGAGGCCCGCUGCCUUGUGGAGGAGCUGAGGAAAACCAACGCUGCACCCUGUGACCCCACCUUUAUCUUGGGAGCUGCUCCAUGUAAUGUGAUCUGCUCCGUGAUUUUCCAGAACCGUUUUGAUUACAGAGACCAGAAUUUUCUUAGCUUGAUGGGAAAAUUCAACGAAAACUUCAAGAUUUUGAAUUCUGCAUGGGUGCAGGUCUGCAAUAUUUUUCCAGUUUUGUAUGAUUAUUUUCCUGGGAGUCAUAGAAAAGCAGUCAAAAAUAUUUUUUAUGUGAAAAAUUAUAUUGCGGAGAAAAUAAAAGAGCACCAAAAAACUUUGGACAUUAAUAAUCCUCGGGAUUUCAUUGAUUGUUUCCUGAUCAAAAUGGAACAGGAAAAGAACAAUGAACAGUCUGAAUUUACUACUGAAAACUUAAUGAGCACGGUGAGUGAUGUGUUCAUGGCUGGGACAGAGACCACCAGUACCACCUUGAGAUAUGGACUGCUGCUCUUGAUGAAGCACCCUGAAGUUACAGCUAAAGCGCAGGAGGAGAUUGAGCGUGUGAUCGGCAGAGAUCGAAUCCCCAGCAUGCAGGACAGGAGCCGCAUGCCCUACAUGGACGCUGUGGUGCACGAGAUCCAGAGGUACAUUAACCUCAUCCCCAACAAUGUGCCACAUACAGCAACCUGUAACAUUAAAUUCAGAAACUACCUCAUCCCCAAGGGCACAGAUGUAUUAACAUCUUUGGCUUCUGUGCUGCAUGAUGAAAAAGAAUUCCCCAACCCACAGGUGUUCGAUCCUGGCCACUUCCUGGAUAAGAGUGGCAAUUUUAGGAAAAGUGACUACUUCAUGCCUUUCUCAAUAGGAAAGCGAGUGUGUGUGGGAGAGGCACUGGCCCGCAUGGAGCUAUUUUUAUUCCUGACCGCCAUUUUACAGAAUUUUACUCCCAAACCUCUGGUUAACACGGAGGAUGUAAGCGAGGAUCCUUUCUCCAGUAGUUUUAUCCGUGUGCCACCCUUGUACAAGGUCAGCUUCGUUCCUCUCUGAAGGAGAACAGAUCAUCCACAAUUCCUUUUCCUCCAGAACAUCAUGCUGUUCCUUUCCCCUCCAUGGGUGUAUCCUACGUCUUGACCUCUGACAUUUCUGUUCUCCCCCUAGGAGAUAGCUUCCAGGAGCUCUUUACAAAUUCACAUUUGCUAUGACCUGUAUUCCAUAAUCAUAGAUUGGCUAACACAUGGACUAGUCAUAUUAUAUUGAAUUUUGUAUUGUCACUGUAACAUUGCUCAAGAUGAUUGACACUUGGCAAUUCAAAGCUAUUUAUCCUCUUCAUGCACUAAAUAAAAGCAUUAUUAAUUGCUG